AUGGCGACAGCGACAGAGCCCUCCCCUUCUCCCUCCACCCUUACCCAAACGCCGCCCUCCAAGCAAUUCUACAUAUUCGGCCGCACCCUCUCGUCCAGCAUCUCCCCCACGAUCCACAACACGGCCUUUCGCCACCACAACCUGCCCUACACAUACAGUAUCCACGAAAGCGAAACAAUGGGCGAUGUCGCACACCUCAUCCGCGACAAUCCCACAUUCGGCGGCGCCAGUGUGACGAUGCCGCAUAAGCUGCAGGCCUAUACAGUCUGCGACAGACUGAGUGAGACGGCGAGGGUAAUCGGGGCAGUUAAUACGCUGGUCGUAUCCGAGAUCGAGGAUGCGGUUGCGGAGGCCGGGGGGAAGAAGAAGAAGCGCGUCAUUACCGGUGAUAACACGGAUUGGUCCGGGCUGUAUGCGAUUCUGGCGAGGUAUUUUGCUGCCACAGGCACCGCUGCAGCUCCCGCUACCGCUACCGUUACCGCUACCCCUGUACAACCCUCGACGCGUGCGUCUGCCCCUGCGCCGCGAGGGACAAUCGGCCUCGUCAUCGGCGCAGGCGGCGCCUCGCGCGCAGCGCUUUAUGCCAUGUACAAAGCAGGCGUGUCGACCAUCUACCUCAUCAACCGAACACGCGCAACAGCGGAGAAAGUCCAGGCGGAUUUCCGCGCGCUAUUUCCAAUCAACAUCGUCGCUGACCUGGGGGAUCUUCCGCGUGCGCCGGAUGUCGUUAUCGGGACUGUUCCUGCGGAGACGACGACCGAGGGGCAGUUUGCUUUGCUGUUUCGUGCUGAGGCUGAGACGGGCAAGCCGAAGAAAGGGUUGUGCAUUGAUAUGUCGUACAAGCCGGCGCAGACGCCAUUGUUGAAUGCUGCAAAGGGGAGUCGGGUGUGGGUGACUGUGAACGGGGUGGAGGUUUUGCUUGCGCAGGGGUUUGAGCAGUAUCGGCUUUGGACGGGGAUGGAGGCGCCGAAGGACAAGGUUAUUCAGGUGGUGACGGAGAAGAUGGGGGAGAGUGCUCGUGUGGAUAGGGGGUCCUUUGGGAUGCUGUAA